AUGGCCUGGAGUUUAGUCCAAGCCUGUCAAUGAGCAAACCUGAAGGAGAGGAAAACCUGACCUCUGCGGAUGAUAGAAAAGUGAUGUCCCAGCAGUGUGAGGAGCCCCGUUUCACCAUCGAGCAGAUUGACCUCCUCCAGAGGUUGAGGAGGACGGGGAUGACCCAGGCUGAGGUCCUUCAUGCCUUAGAUACCCUUGACCGCCUGGACAGGCAACAUGGACACAAGUUAUCACAUGGAGCCUCCUACCUGCCACCCUCAUCCGCUUCCUCCAUGACCUCCACUGCCACCCAGACCAGUUUCCCAGAAAACCGACUCUCGCCGUCACCCUGUAACAACUACAACACCUCCCCGCCCCUGCCAAUGACCGUUCCCGCUCCUGUUGCCAUGGGGGUGGUAGCUCAAAACGGUCUGGUUGCUGUGACCAAUGGGAAGCUGUCGCCGCCGCAGUUUCCUGUUGGCAUGGUUAGUGGCAGCGUGGCGGCACCUGGAUACGGGUUUGAGACCAGUGAAGAAGACAUAGAUGUUGAUGACAAGGUGGAAGAACUGAUGAGACGGGACAGUGCUGUGAUAAAGGAGGAGAUCAAGGCUUUCCUGGGGAACAGGCGGAUCUCUCAGGCUGUGGUCGCUCAGGUAACAGGGAUCAGUCAGAGUCGGAUCUCCCACUGGCUCCUUCAGCAGGGAUCAGAUCUCAGCGAGCAGAAGAAGCGAGCUUUCUUCCGCUGGUACCAACUGGAGAAGACCAACCCUGGUGCCACUCUGGCCAUGCGAGCCGGCCCAUUGGCUUUAGAGGACAUGAUGGAGUGGCACCAAGCCCCGCCCCCUCUCAUCUCUGCCCCUGGAGGCUUCCGUCUGCGGCGAGGCAGCAGGUUCACCUGGAGGAAGGAGUGUCUGGCUGUUAUGGAGAGCUUCUUCAGUGAUAACCAGUACCCUGAUGAGGCCAGAAGAGAGGAGAUUGCCAACGCCUGCAACGCUGUCAUCCAGAAACCAGGAAAGAAGCUGUCUGAUUUAGAGAGGGUCACAUCUUUGAAGGUCUACAACUGGUUUGCCAACCGCCGCAAAGAGAUCAAGAGGCGUGCCAACAUAGAAGCAUCCAUCUUGGAGAGCCAUGGCAUUGAAGUUCAGAGUCCAGGAGGUCAGUCCAAUAGUGAUGAGGUGGAUGGCAACGAUUUCCCUGACCAGGGCUGUGAGGUUUCCUUGUUUGACAAGAGAGCUUCAGCCAGGCAGUUUGGCUUCACUCGAGUCGAUCUGUCCUCUCCAACCCAGGUUCCCACCCUCCUCCCCAGCUGGUUUGCUGCCCUGGGUAGAGGCGGCUUGGCGGGACAGAAGGGCAGCUCUCUGACCGGCCGUUCCCUGCUGCAAGCGGUCGGUCCUCAGGCUGAAGGUCCCAGAUUAACAGGUGUGUCAUGGUCUCCUCCUUCCCCCUCCCUGCAGGACGAGCCCACCAAUCACAGCUCUCUGUCCGAGCCCCAGGACUCAGUCGCCUUGGUGGAGGAGAUGGCGUCCGUCAAUCACAGUAUCUUGGCUCUGGCCAAUCAGGAGUUAACAGCUGGGCCAGGGGGCGGUACAGAAAAUGACAUCAAGACGGAGACGCUGGAGGACGACUGAAGAGGAAGCAGGAGAGAAGAUAUAGGAGAUAUAAGUUAUAAAUAGGAACAGGUGUGUUGAUAUGCAAGCAGAUUUUAUAGAAAUGUAAUAAGUCAUAAAAUGACCAAACUUCAUGUAUAGUCAAACCCUGAGAUACCUCCAACCCUACCUCCAACCACCAACUUGCUCUUCUACACUGUUACAGGCAUUACCGGUAUAAAAUAAUAAUGAUAAUAUUAAUAAUUAUAAUUAUAAUAUUUUAUUUGUAGCAUUUUCAGUGCUCUCCAACAGACCGGCCAAAGGACAGGAAAUGAUGCAUUAGGCAGAUUCCUUCCAAACUGUGCAAACACACAAACAAAACCCCCGAAAUGGUUCAAGCUCUUGUGGUGUGGUCACAACCGAACAGCCUCAAAGAUGAAUACAUGAAUAUUGAAAGUUAAGCUCAUGUUAAUUU